CGAAAGAGAAGGUGCGUUUCGGUGGCGAUGCCGGUGGGGAACAAUUGGAGAGCGUCAGUAACAGAAUACCGAACCCUAAAAUGACGUCAAAAACCACCACCAACAACAAUGAGAAUGAGAAGAAGAAGAAGAAGAAAAACGAGUUCGAAUUCUGCAAAGUAUGCAAGCUGAAUCACAACCAAGGUCUCCGCCACAAGUACUUCCCCAACCAUAACAAAUCACUCUCCAAUUUCCUCUCCAGGUUCCGCAAUAAGCUCACCGACGUUCGAUUCUUCCUCAAAAACCCUAAAUUUCUCUCUCCUCACUUUGCUUCUCAGAACCGGUUCUGGUGCGUCUUCUGCGACGUUGAUAUCGUUGAGCUCCAUAGUUCCUUUGCCUGUGCUAAUGGAAUUCGUCACCUUGCGAGUGCUGAGCAUGUGAAGAAUUUGAAGCACUUCUUCUGGAAAAAUGGUGGCUCGGUGGAUCAGUUGGAUGCUUUUAUGGUCUCUGAUGAUGAUGUUGCUAAGUGGGAGAAGAAGUGUGAGGCUCUGCAAAAUGAAGCUGUGUCGGGGAGUGGUGGAUGUCGUGGAGCUGUGAUUGGUCCUUCAAGUGAUAUCCAUAAUCAACCCAACAAUGGAAAUAUUGAUAGUUUUGAAAAAUUUUAUUCCCAUUCCGUGAAAUCAUAUCCUUCUUCAAAUGAUGUUUUGCCUUUACAAUACUAUACAAAUGAGAAUCAGAUAUCGGGACUCUCUGGAGUUCACAAUGCUGGUGUUUUAGGUUACGCUACGUCUGUGGUACCUUUGGAAGCAUCGUGCUCUGGUGAAAAUUCUUUUGCCUUGCAGGAUUUUGUAGUUGACAAGAAAAGCCAUUUCUCCGGUAAUAAAGGGGUGUUAGACGGUAGAAUGUUAAGCCGAGAGAGCAGUCAUCAUGGUCUACAGAUGCUCACCCAAAUCUCUUCUGUGCCUUCCGAAAAUGCUGGUGGAAAUGUUCAUUCUGGAGCACCCCCACCAUGGUUUGAAGCAACUGAGGGAUUUCAGAUACAUUCUAUACCUGUUUUAGGAGGUGUAGCUUCCAAUUCAAACAUGUCUGGGAAGUCCAAAAAAUUGAAUCCAAAGCGGGUUGGAGCUGCUUGGGCAGAAAGGAGAAAGAUUGAGCUGGAGAGGGAAAAGAGAGGAGAGGUUGUGCGAAAUGAAUAUGAUCCCACAUGGCUUCCUAAUUUUGGUAGAGUCUGGCAAUCCGGUAGCAGAAAAGAAUCCCGAAAAGAAUUCAAGAAGGAGAAACGAAAUUUAUUCAAUGUUGAAACUCAAUCUGAGAUGCCACUCAACAUACAACCUUAUGUUAGCAAAAGAAUGCGCAUGGAAGGAGGUGGUGAUCAAGCAAAUGGGUGACAUUUCAGGUUAUAGACUAGUUCAAGGAGUCACCUUCGCGGUAUGCACAUGUCAUAAUCUUUUACAAUGAGCAGAGGCUGAAUGCAAUUAACAGAUGAAACAUGGUGUUCAAAUCAAAUCCUGGAUAUAAAAUAUAGAGCAAUCGUUGCUUAUAUUGUCCUGAAACAAUUGUAGUUCAGUAAAAUAGGUGUGUGUGUAUUAGUAUAUGCAUUGAGCAAGGAGUGAGGUAGUUAUUCAGCACCCAUGUUGGUCUGCCCAAGUUUUGUGCAGCUUCUUGGUUUAUUGUCGCCAGCCAGCUAGAUUUUGAAUAUAGGGUUGACUCAGUUACUGCUAUGAACAUUUAGAUAGGGUUCAAAAUGUUGCUCUUUUCCAUGUUAAACGGACAACUUAUCCACACUAGUGUACAGAAUUGAGAAUACUUAGAUUAUUCCUGUCAAUUUAAUAAACUUGUGUUCAUUUUG